AGCGCCGGUGUGUCGGAGGAGUGCUUGACCGUCUUUGAGGAGCUCAAGGCGCGCAAGCAGAAGUAUGUCAUCUACAAGCUGCAGAACUACACCGAGGUAGUCGUCGACCAAGCUGGUACCGACCCUAGCUACAAGAAGUUUGUCGAGAUUCUCGACGGCAUUCAGGACAAUGGAAAGCCCGUCCCCCGCUACGCGGUCUACGAUUUUGAGUACGCUCUCGCCAGCGGCGAAGGUAACAGGAGCAAGAUUGCUUUUAUCGCAUGGAAUCCUGACAACGCCAAGAUCAAGGACAAGACCACUUACGCGUCCUCAAGAUCGGCGCUCGUCAACGCUCUCAACGGCGUCAGCGAGGUCGUCCAGGCGACUGACCUCGAUGAGCUUGCCUGGGACGAAGUUGUCGGCAAGGUGAGCGGUGGC